UAUAUACGUUGGUAUUAUUUAAUUAAAUAUUAUAUUUUAAUUACAUGGCAAGUGUAAUUAAUAUAAUUACUGCUGGAAUUAUAACACGCUUUUGUAAUUAACGCUGGACGCAAGAAGAAUUUCGUUCGAAUAAAUUGAGAAACAGAUCGUGCGAAAGAGAGAGAUCCGACGAGAUGAAGCUAUUUGCGCGUCCGAAAUGCUUCUCCGAGGCGGUAGCAUUGGUGACAAAUCUCAACUAUCUUUUCGGACUUCGUAUUUUUGAGUAUCCUUCUGGUCACCCAAGACCUUUACUCAGCCUGAUCUAUCUUCUGUUUAUGUACGGUUUGUAUUGCGGUGGCUCGUUGCGCGUGGAACAGGCGUAUUACGCAAACGUUAGACUGAUGAAGCUGGAAUACGUUCUAUACGGAGUAUUGUCGUACGUCAUUGUUAUAUCCGUGAUACUCAAGAUGUUAUUGGGCUGGUGGCAUACGAAGAAAUUCAAAGUUUGUCACAAAAAGAUCUUCGAGAUCGACGAAACUUUGCGAAAGCUUGGAUUGUCGCCAAACUAUAACAGAAUAUAUUUCGCGACGAUCGGAACGGUAAUAACCUGGAUUACAGGCUCCUUCAUUAUGUGCAUCGUGGUUUUCAUUCACUUAAAGAUACGCACGGAUAUGUUUAAUUCAAUUUAUAUUGUAUUGGAAUAUACGUAUUCGGUAACUGUCAAUGCUAUUAACGUUUUCGAAUUCUAUAUAUUUGUAAGGUGUUUACAAAUGAAAUUCAAAUCGAUCAACCAACUUUUGUGUGAAAGUUUAAUAAAUUCAUCAACGAACAAGAUGAAAUUGGGUAGUUUUGCAUUGACAGAUUAUGCCAAAAUUAUACGUGUCGAACAACGGAGGCAUACUCUCUCCACGAAAACGAUAUUCCAAUGGAAUCGACGGGUGCUGCAACCCCGAAAAAAUGUUUCUAUGUUAGAGAAGCAAGAUCCGAUCAUUUCUCAAAUUAAAUCUCACUCUCUAUCCCCGAUCGAAAAACAAUUUCAAAGUGAUCUCCGAAAUCGAUCUCAAAAUCCCGUGAUGACAAAAUGUCAGGAACGUAAAUAUCUGUUGCAGAUAAUCAAACAGGUACACCUGGAGUUGUGUAAAAUAUCAAAAAUAAUAUGCCAUAUCCUCGGAAUACAAUUAGCUUGGGAGAUAGGAGUAACUAUUAUGUUUCUCAUUGGAGCAUUUUUUAAUUUGUACGUCCGAUACUUCCAACAUCACAAAGUCCCAACUUUGGCAGAGCAAACAUCUAUGACGUUGGUAAUGAGUUUUGUGAGCAUUUUGAAAGCCAUUGGGUUGAGUCGCAUUUGCAAGAUCGCGGCCGAUGAGGGAAACAGAACCAUCGAACUUAUUCACGCGAUUUAUGGAUGCGACGCAAGUACUGAUAUGCAGGAGGAGAUUCAGCAGUUUGGUAUUCAAAUCUUGCAAAGUCCGGUGACUUUCUCCGUUUUUGGUCUUACUCUAGAUAAUCGUCUCUUAAGCUUGAUUUUGAAAACUGUAACAAUCAACUUGGUUAUCAUGGUACAAUCCGCGGCGAAGGCCGCCUUCGUUCGUCGUUCGUCCUUUAUCAAGGUCGCAUCGGGCGUAUCCCGGCCAUCCGCGAAGAUGUUCCAACCGAAAACUAUACAGGAGAUGAUCAUGCCGCUGUUAGUGGCGAACAUCAUGGUCGGCAUGGGGAUUUGGGCGAGCAAACGGGGCAGGCUUCUGAACAUCGCGUACUCGUUGAUCUGCCUGGUGACCUAUUGCGCCCUGAUGAAGCUGUCGAUAGAGUACCUAGAGGACUAUUAUCUGCACAAGGUGAACUCGCUCGGCAACAUGACGUUCCAAGCGAUUUUCUACGCCAACAUCUGCCUGACGUUGUGCCUCAUCCCUUGCGGCUGGUUGAGGAGAAAGUACAUGAAGGCGGCAAUGAUGCGCAUCAUGAUGUGCGAGAAGUCCAUGGAGCAAAUGGGAUUACAGAAGAACUAUCGGAAAUUGUAUCUGAAUCAGCUUUACUCCCUCAUAUUCGUCGUGGUGAUAUUCAUCAUAUUCAUAGUGGUCAAUUACGACGGGAUGUUCGUGGAAGAUACGCCUAUGCAUAUCAGGAUCGUCAUCAUAAUCGCCGUAAAUUAUCCCGUCGGCUUACUCUACGUGAGCGACGUGUCGUUCUUACACUGGGUCAGCUUCGCAAAGACUCGGUUCGAGCAGCUAAACAACCUGCUGCAACGCAUGUUAACGACCACGCCCGAUUCGCCGCAGCACAAGAGGGUGCUGAAAAUGAAGGACGAGUGGAACAAGACCUACGUCGCGUCCGCGACACAGCAGGAUCGCACGACCAAGGACAACACCGAUACGAUGAGGGCCGUCAAGCAAGUUCACUUGGAAUUAAUCAAGUCCACCAGAAGUAUGAAUGAAGCGUACGGCAUACAGAUCCUCCUUUCCAUGACGGUGUCGUUCGUGUUCAUCACCAGUCUCCUGUACUACGCUUACUCGAUUUUCUGGAUGCACCUUAGCAGUGAGUUAUUCCGACAGGAGAUGAUACCGGUCGUAGGUUGGAUUCUGUUCUACUCGUCGAAGGUCCUCGUCAUAAAUCACAUGUGCGCAAUGGCGACCAUUGAGGCCGCGAACACGGGUGAUAUAAUCUGCGAGCUGUACGAGCCGUCGACCACCAAAGAAUUUCGCGCGGAGAUACGGGACUUUACUCUGCAGCUGAUACAGAACCCGUUAAUCUUCACGGCGUGCGGAUUCUUCAAUCUAGAUCACACGUUCAUUCACGGGGUCAUUGGCUCAGUCACCACAUAUCUCGUGAUUCUCAUCCAAGUCGGAGAUUUACCUACGGGAAAACCAACAAACUCUACCAUAAAUGGAACGAAUUUGACUAUGCCCGACAUAUUUACAACCAUUGCUCCGUAAAGGCGCAUUAUCUCAUUGUUCUGUACAGAUUUAAGAAAUUAAAAUUUUUAUGACGCGUGAUCGUUUUCGAAUACAUAUAAUUUGUGUGCGUUCGCAUGAUGCGAAGACAGAAAAGAGAGAAGUCAAUUCUUUCUUCUUAUUAAAUACUGAAACUUUCAUGCACGGAAAUAAUGUUUUAGCAAAUUGAAGUAUUAUUUACAUACAUAAUAAAGUGUUAUUCUAUAUUUUUUUCUAUAAA